CUUCUCGCGUUACGCCACUUCAGCACCAAGCCUAAAUCAAGUGAAGUGCCAACGGUCGAUUUGGAGGGAAAAAUUGGUGUUAAGAAACAGAUUAGCCUAAUUCUAUUAGGCAUUUAUUUAUUUUUUAAAUAAAUCGUUCACUACGAUGUCGCAAACAGCCAUUACUUCGUUUUUUCAGAGCAGAAAAAGGCCAGCAUCUGAAGAUCUUGUUACUUCUAAGAGCAAAAUACCACACGUUGAUCGAACUCUACCAAGUGGUAAAGCUCUUUCAGAAACAAAAUGUGAAAUUAUAGCUAAAGAUUCCCAUCAACUUACUAAAUCAAGUGCGAUUAAAAACGAGGAACCAAAACAAAGUGCUAUUCAGCAUGCUUCGUCAAAAGAACAAACGAAACAAGAAUCGACAGCGCCAAAGGCAUUUAGUAAGAAAGUGAAUGCCUCCAACACACCUAAAACCACACAGGCGUCUAAAAUAGAGACAACUGUGUCUUCUCGUCAAGAAUUGAGUCUUGGUGACAUAAGGAAGAAAUUAGCUGGAAGUUCGAGGUUAGCUGAGUUGAGAGCUACUGCUGAUAGACUGAGCAAAGGCAUAAAGGAACUGCAGCAAGCCAGUGAAAAACGUAACCUUCGAGAAUUUAAAUCUAUUGAUGUGGAAGUACCAGUGAGUCCCAGUAAGAAGGCCCAGCUUCAGCAGAAUGAGUUAUUGUCUCCAAAGAAAUGCAUGCCCGCACCAGCAGUUCCGCAGAGGCCACUUAUAUCACCGAGAAAAGUGGUGGUCAGCCCUAUCAAGAGUCCUAGCAAGGUCCCUGCAUACAUCAGACAUGCGGCCCUUGCCUCAACAUCCAGCAGCUUACCUUUGCCUCACCACUACAGAUUCCUGGCUGAACUGUUCCGUGGCAUGGAAACUGUUGUUGCUUUACUUUACAACAGAAAUGAAAAGAUAACUUUUGCCAAACUCAGACCUUCAGUACAAGAGAUGCUCAAGCGUUCAUUCACUCAAAAACAUUUGGCUCAAAUCAAACAUCUUGUACCUGAUUUCUAUAAUUAUGAAAUUCAAAAAGUGAAGAAUUUCAGUGCUUCAGCUCAGAAAGAACAAUAUGAAUUGUUGAUCUCACCUAACUUCCCUAAUGAUAUUAAAAUCAUGAAUCCAACUGUACUGCUAGAGAGGCGCAGAUACUUUUAUGACAUCUUGCUGCAGUUAGUAAAGAAGCACCAUGCACAGUACUUGCAGACACUUGACCCUCCAAUGGUGAUCCCUGACGAUAAAUUGACUCGUUGGCAUCCUGAAUUUGAUAUUGAGAAGAUACCUGAAGUUGAGAGUGCAAAGUUACCUGAAAUGCCGAAUGUUGAAAAAUUCUCAAAUGCUCAAGAUGUUCUGGCCAAGGCGCGAGAAUUAUUCAAAUGUAACACAAAGAUGGAAAGAGCUUUAGAAAAACUCGCUCAGGCAAAGGCUCGUGGCCUCACUCAGCAAGAAAUGGCUGCAACUGGCAUAACAGACAGCAAACCAAGUAUUAGUAUAAAUGGCAUGGCAAGUACCAGUACACAGACAAGCCAGCCUUCCACUAGUGCGGUGACUAUAGUGAACCCAGCACUACGCAACCUGCCCACCUCUCUGUUGGAAAAGGUAAAAGCUAAACAAGCUGCCAAAGCUUUAGAAGCCAUGACAAGGUCAUCUGAGAAUGACAAAAAGUACUUGGUUUACAGCCGUCUGCCAGAUCUAGCUCGUACUUUGCGAAAUAUCUUUGUGACUGAGAGGAAAAAUGUUUUAGCUCUAAACAUAAUUCUCUCUAAACUGGAUAGCAGCUUCAAAGCUAACAUACCUGCAAGUGAUCUGCAGAAAGAUAUCAAAGUGCUUACUGAGGAGCUGCCAGAUUUCGUUAAGUUACAUGAAAUAAGAAACAGCACUUAUUUAAAAUUAGAUAAAAAUGCUGACUUGCAGAAAAACCUGUCUAAGUUAGAGGCUUUAGCUGCAAAAUACAGAAAUGAGUAGUUAACAUUAAAUAACUUGACAAACUAAGACUGAGUAAGUAUAAAACAUAUUUGUUAAAUUAUGAAGAUUACUCGAUCAUUUUAUUAUCAUUUAAGUUGUUGUUUUAUAAAUCGUAAUACACAGUUCAACAAGUUACACAGUAUGAACUGCUUAAGUAUGUAUUAAUAGGUAAAUUCUUAAGUAUUCUUAAAUUAAAAAGUAAUUGGAUAAACAAGUAUUUGACCUCAUUUCAAACCAAAAAUAUAUAUUGACAUAGUUAAAUCUUGUAGAUUUAAGCUGACAUCUUAUAUAUUUUUUUAUUUAUUUAAUAAUGAUUCAAACCACCAUUACUAUAUAUAUUUAAUGUAUAACAUGAACUGGACAACUGUGAAACCUUUGAGUUUUUAUUGAUUUAGUUAGUGUGUGUAAUUUUUACUUUCUUUUUCUUUACUGUGUGGUAUUCUUUCUUUAAUUAUAAAAAUAAAGGUUUUAAUUGAAAGCA